CGUCCAAGGCAAACAUCACACUCUGGAAAUGGACAUGAUGAUCUGCUUGAAUUUGCUGCCAUUUGUGACACCAGCAUAUCUUGACAUCUCGAUCCUGCAAUGUUGACGCGCCAUUGUCCGGUAUCGUGCAGAAUGAGACCUCGCCGACCGCUGCAUGCCAACCACAAUGCUGGAGAACUGUUACAAUGGUCUGAUGACGAUUUCAGCCUGCCACGAGAUCUAGACUUGAAUCGGAUAAUCCAAAAUUCAGUUUUGCUUGAAAAUAAAUUUAUAUGAGGAUAAACAUGGUGUCACUAACGUUGCUGUUUGCCAUUUCUACCGCAAUAGCAGUUGCCAUUUCAGUCAGUCUUUUCAUCUUUAUUUGUUGUUGCAUGCGAGCUCGGAGGACACAGAGACGACAGAAACGUCGAGAAAAACUAGAGCGAGCUCUGGCCGUCACACCCUUGAGAUCGGACUUCUUCAAGAAAGGAGACGAAGAUUACCCGAAGACAAUCCAAGUGCCUCGACAGGAUCCGGUCGAUGAUAGCCCUUUCAGUGAUGUACCGACCGAUGAUCAGGGGAUUGAAGCGACUGACCAGGCUGAUUGUGAUAACUACGGACGCUCCCAGUCAUGGGCGCCGAUGACCUCGACGAACUUGAUUGCAGUAGAUCCUCAAAGAAGACAGACUUUGGCCGUGGUUUCACUCUCUCCUUCUUCUUCUGAUUCAUCACUGGCUUCGUGCAGCUCAGAGAAUGACCUUGAACAGCUCGGGCGUGAUUCCGAGUGGACAGUUUACCAAGGAGGCAACGAAAAGCCGGUUGUAAACUUUUCUCUAUAUCACUCGACACAGGACCGUACUCUCUUCGUCUGCCUCAAGUCUGUUUCUGGAUUGGCGAGGAAAUACUACCCAGGAUGCACUUCGUUUCUCAAGGUCAGCCUCCUGCCAAAGUACAGAGAUGGAUUUCGCACAGAGAUGGUCCGUAAAUCGCUGAAUCCUCAUUUCAAUGAAUCCUUCCAGUUCUGUAAGUUGACUCCCGCAGAGGUCCAAGGCAGCUUCCUGAAGAUUAAACUGUAUGUGAGGGAGAAGUGGAACAGGAAGGAUCGCUUUAGUGGAGAGGUCUUUGCGGAGUGCCAUCAACUUCUAACAAAGAGCGACAGCCUUCUAGAAUUUCAGAGGACAUUCAGUGUGAAAAGAACCAAGCUUCCGAAGAAAAAUCUUAAAAGGCCCUCACUUCCAUGCAUGAAACAGAUGAGAUCUAAAUCCACAUCAGAAGCUACAUCCAAUCGGCCAUACCUUGGAGAUCUCUUUGUAGCCUUACAAUAUCAACCUCAAGCAGAUCGACUGAAGGUGAUGGUGAGGAAGGCUGAGAAUCUAUUGGUUGACAGCGUCCUUCCUGGUUCUGGAGAUAUCUACGUCACUGUGCGCCUCAUGAAGCACGGUGAGAUAAUAGAUGAAUACAGCACGCAACGUCGUUCUGGAACCAGUCCGAUCUGGAACCAGCCAUUCCUCUUCCAUCCUAAACAAGAUGAGAUCGAACAACAUUCCAUCCUCCUUGCCAUCAACCGUGGUCGACGACUAGCAACCGACGUGAUGGUGGGGAAGGUUGAAAUCGGAAGGCAAUUCGGAGAGACGGGCGUGGCGCAUUGGACGGAGAUGCUGCAACCACGCGGAUUGGAGGUCGCUAAGUGGCAUCGAAUCAAGCCACCUUUCAGUUAAGAGUAAUAAGGGGGCGUUUCGUGAUAGGACUUGUCGGAUGUUUUAUCCAACAAGUCCCAUUUUAACUGACAGUUACCAUGGGAACAGUGCCUCUCAGCCAAUCAUAGUCAAGGAAAACAUGUCGGACAAAAAUGUUGAUGAAACGGUCCCCAUGCCUUCAAGUCUAGUUUGGUAUUUGUAACAAAUUGCCCUUUUGAAGGAUAAAUUAUUCUGAUUCGGCUUCAGAGGAACUUUAAGACCUGCAAGACAACGUUGUCUUAGAAUGACGCCAUUCGUUACUUGCUUCAAUUAUUGUGGAGUCUGAUAGCAAAGAAAACUCUUUUGGGGUUAUUGAAAUGCAUUAUUUGGACAUUGAAUAUGUUAAUGCUGUUUUUUUUUUGUACGACCAUGACGACGAUAAAGUGGUACAAAUAUCUCAUCACUAUUUGACGCCAUGCGUCAGAGCUCGUAUACAAAACUAUAACAGUUUUCUAUAAUCUCGCAAUUACUUUAUUGUAAAUGAUGUAUUACGAUGUAAUACGGUGUAUAUAGAAAUACA